AUGUCCACCAUCUUUUGGUUUGUGCUAUUCGUUGCAUUAUUGGCUCUAAACACACCUUCACUAGCUCAACAUGAAGAGUUAAAGCAUAAUCACAAACCUUCACAUUCACCAGUUGAACCACCAAAGCACAAACCAUCAGAUUUACCUAUUAAAGCUCUAAAACACAAUCACAAACCAUCACAUUCACCUGUAAAACCACCAGAACAUAAUCACAAACCGCCACAUUCACCUACUGAAUCACUAAGUUACAAGCAAAACCCUUCACAUUCACCUGAUGAAGCACCUACGCAUAAGAACAUAUCAUCUCAUGCACCUGUUGAAGCACUAUGGCACAAUCAUAAACCAUCACCUUCACCUACUGAAGCACCAAAGAGGGAAUAUAAACCUCGUCCAUCUUCUUUUGAAUAA